AUGAGCCAUCAAGUGGCCAUUGCGAAAGCCUCCUUCUCGGCUGCACUACUGCGCCCCGACCCUACUUCAGUGCCUCGAGAUGAGAUAGCCGCCGGCCAUAGCUCCCUCGAGCGCGCCUUGUUGCAUUGCUCCCAUGCAAACAUCCAGACCUGCAAAACAUGGCUUCUUCAAUAUGUUGCUUCAUCAGCCAAUAGGGUAGGCAUCCUAGCCAAAUACCUGGUUGCUCUGGCUUCCCCCGAAUCAUCACAGCCCACUGGAAACAAAUUUUCCUUGAAACGUCGACGUCUCCACAUACUCUACUUGCUCAGUGAUUUGUUGCACCAUACCAAGUACCACUUAGGCACCAGCACAGCUUUCUCCACGGUGGGCGGGUCCCUGCAAUUGCACAUCGUGGGAUUGGUUGGCCAUGCGGCGGCUUGCGAUCGUCAGAAGAAUCCCCGGCACCACCAGCGGCUAGAUGAUCUGCUUAGCGUAUGGUCCGAGCAUGGAUACUUUAAUUCCGAGUUUGUCAACAAGCUCCGGGAAGUGGUAGCCAGUUCGGCCUCCACAGGUGCCGCCCCACUACCCGACGAUGUCGCCAGCGCAGGUGCCAAGAAGCCCGGGAAGAACACACCCUUUGUCGUGCCAUCAACCCAUGGAGAUCCAUCGGCCCCCCACCACGAUGUUCCAGCUGGAAACUUUAUCCCCCACAUCAUGCCUAGGUUGACGCUACCCCUCCAAUCUACCUCUGUCAAGCCGAUUCAACUCCUAGGAGGUCCUGCGGAUGGAAAGCUAGUACAUAUUCUCAAGGACUUUGUCGGCCAUGUGGACCAAAUUGGCGACCUGUCUGACCCAAAGGAUGCCGAUGCGGACAUGGACGAGCUGGGUGAAUUAGCUGUUCGGGACGAGGUCACCAAGGACCUCCUCGACGGUGAAAACUACAACGGCUGGACCCGUGCCUUCUCCCAGCAGAUGAAGAAAGCCCCAGGGCGCUCUCGCAGUUCAAGCCGGAGCCGUAGCACAAGCCCAGCUAAUUUCAAGCGCCGCUACAGCGACAGUUACAGCCCGGAGCCAAGAUCUCCAAAUCGUUCACGAUCACGUACACGCGAUGUGCGUCGUCGUUUCGAUUCCCGGUCCAGGAGUCGCUCCCCUGUUCGUUCACGUGAAAGCUCAUACACGCCUCGUGAACCUGCUUCCUCCCACUUCCCUCCUCCCCACCAAUAUCAACCUCAUCAAUACCCCCCUGCACCCAAACCCUUUCCCCCUCCCCACAUCUCAAAUACCCAAGGUCAUUAUCCUCAGCCAAUGCCUAAUCCCGGAUAUGCUCCCCCACCUCCCGCUUACGGUGCUUGGCCUCCCCCACCCCCACAGAUGCCGGGUGGCUCCUACCCACAACCUGGACCGGGUCUAGCUCAGCAAUCGGCGUUCCCACCUCAAUAUCAACACCCCCCCGAUGCCAUUGCCUCAAGGACGAGGUCAGCCCAUGCCUCCUGGUCAGUAUCAUUUCCCUCCUCCCUACUCUGGAGGUCAGAAUGGUGGGUGGGGUCCUCCGACUGGACCAGGUGGGCGUCAAUGGCGCUGAAUUAUGAAGUCCUCCAUGUACGAAUAUGA